UAAUUUUAAAAUGGAAUCUGCCAACUCGAAAAGAGUAAAAAGAAGCGAAUUUAAAGAAAGCGAAGUUCUUAAUGAUAAAAUGAACAAUGUUCACCUCAGACAUUUUGAUUUAGAAGAUAACCCAGACGGGGCUUCCAUCCUCAGUGGGAAGGAAAGAGCAAGAAUUCACCGCAAAAGGAAGAAACUUUACUAUGAAGGUUUAGAAUCCGAAAAUAAGACAUUGAAGCUUAAAAUUGGGGAGCUAGAACAGAAGAUAGAAAGUCUUGAAAAAGCUUUAGAAGGAGCCAAGGACAACCCUGUGAACAAUGCUAUUAUUAAAUAAAUUAUCAAACAGCGCGUUCUCUCCUGUUAAAUUACCUGAAAUAAGUAAUCUGAUUAAGCUAAAGAUGUCUGAGGAGUUCAAGUAUGAAGAGUUUCCAAAAAUGGUACAAGAAAAUCCAACAAAGGUUAAAGAUAUCAAAGUUGAGACAAUAGAUGACUCUGUUGGUAUUUAUGGAAAAGAGAGAAUCCAAUACCUGAAAGACCAAUUCAAGAACAUUAUUGACAAUAUAGUCCCGUUCGAGAUCAAGAUCUGCUUGCUCCUGUUUGAUCAUAUCCCACUAUCUAAGUUCUUGAGGAUGGUAGGGGGUUCAAGGAACAAGUUUAUGGAAAGGAAGACUACAGGUAAUCAAAUCCUCGACUUAAUUAUCCAAACUGAGAUGUCAGACGAAAUCUACCAUUUCUUGAAGGAAAAAGGGAAGGAGUUUACUAAAAAUAUCCAAAUGAUCAGAAAAUUGGUUAGGAGUCUUGUGCACACCAGGAACAAAAUUUUUCAGCUUCUAAAGCAAUGCAACAGCGAAGAUGCUAAGAAGUUGAUCUUUAAAAACUACAAUAUGUUUCCAUACACCGACAGAACAAAAGUUGCACAACUCGCUACAAAGAUUAAGGAGAUGGGUGGCAUUGAUGACUUCAAAGUCUGGAAAAUUGAUAAAAGAAGCCAAGGUGAUGAAUACACCUCUGAUAUUCAGCUCUCUGAAUAA